AUGGGCAGAGCCUGGACCCUGCCUGCCUGCAUACAGUCAGUCGGUGAAGAUGCCGUGGGACGAUUCCGUCAGUGGGCCGAUGGUAGGAUUGCGAUUGUCAUGGACAGCAGUCACUGCCUCAAUUGGACCAACGGGCCAGCCAAGCUGGCGGGCAAGUCGUUUGACUCGCACCACGACUGGUCGACGCGUUUCUUGGUGGCGCCCGAAUCAGAAGAGGUGGGCCAAAGCCCGCAAUUCUACGGGGCCCUCCUUUGAGCCUCUCCUCUCUCUCCCAUUUUGUCGUCCCUCAAUCUUUCCUCCCCGCCUGGCCCCGCUAACGCGCACUGGCCAGACUCGAC